UAGAAAAAAAAACCUCGACGAGUAUUGAUUUACUGUGUAAAAAUGUCAAAUUAAUUAUUAUCAUAAUAAAUAGCCUUAAUAUUCCGACCUACUGUUUAGUCUAGCGGUAGUAAAUCCCCGUUGAAUUAUUACGUAAACGUAAUCAAAACAAGAACAACCGUUCAAUUUCGCGAAACACCGUCAUUAUUUUAAAUAGCGGGCACCGUAAUGCCACAAAUUAAAGCUUAAAACGGCCGCUUAACAGCUGACCCAAAAUCGAACCCCCCUGUCUGGGGGAAUACGGGCUACGGUCGAAAAGCAACGGGGCGGGGCGGGCCACGCCUACGACACCAAGCGACGACGCGUCAAAAGUGCCCCGACUGUGGCAUAGAGCGCGCGGCUUGUGCCCACAGCCGAAAAAAAAACUAAACGUCAAGUGCCGGUCUGUCAGAUUUCGGAGAAAAAUUUAGGGUGGUUCAAAGUAAACACGCACAAAGUUUUUAAGUAGUUUAUGUCUGUAACUUUACGCAAACGCAUUAUUUCAAUUGUUUGGGAUAACUUAUGGUUGUUGUGAGUCGCGCUGAUAAAUUAAUUAAAGUUGUGCAUUUUUGUGAUUGAUUUAUAAUAACGACAUACAUGUACAAAAAUAUCUGCAAUUAUUAAAUUGUAAAAAAAUACGUAUCAGCAUUUAUAUUGUUGGGGAAAGCGGGGCUAAAGUGUCGGGGGUAAGUUGUUCCAAUGAGAAUAGGAACGCAAGUAAACCACGGACCAUUCGUAUGAUGUUUUACGCGAAAAGUUAGAAAAACAUGCCGUAACAGAAGCCUCUUUAGUUACUUCCAUUAUAAAAAAAUAGUAGUUAUGAAGAACAAUCUAAAACGAUGGAACAACUAACUCAACGGAAUAAUAUACAUAUUUUUAGUUUUUUUUUUGUUUACUGUUGAUAGUAUACAUAAAAUAAUCAUAUAUUUCGCCGAACUUCUAAACACUCUUUUAGCGUGUGUGAACCGAGAUUAAAUAUUUACAGAUAAACAAGAAUUUGAAACGACGGAACAACCAGCCCCAUAGCGGGGUUAGUUGUUCCUUUCCAACCGAUCUCAUUAUUAAUGUUCUGGUAAGACAACUUUGACGUUGCAUAAAACAAUAUCACUAUUCAGGAACGCAAAUAAUCAUUGUUUCAUUUAGAGCACAACAAUUAAUUCACACUAUUUUCAUAGCUCUAUUCUGUAUUUUACGGAAAUCGGUACUUUUAGCCCCGCUCUUCCCAUCUGUCUGUUGUCGGCUAUAGUAGAAGUAACAAAUCAAUUGUAUAAAAACAGGUUCACAUAAAAAUUUCAGAAAUUGAGGUCCAAAGGCAAACUUAUCCCUUAACUUAUCAUACAGGAUGGAAAAAAUUGAUGAGCCUAGAGGGAAAGUAACUUAAAACCUUAAGUUAGUUCAUUUUACUUAAAGGAAAUAUUCUAUUAUUUAUUUAAAGAAACAAACCGCAUUCAAAGACUUUAUACAAUUCGCUUGUCUGGAAAUUUUCUUGUGUACUAAAUUUUCGAUAACUGAAAAGAGAGGUGUCGACUAGCAAGAACUUGCAUGCAAGUUACGUUACACGGCCGAUUACCUAUUAAAUUACAAUGUUUCUUGGAGAAAUUUUGACAUUAACAUUAAGUGUAUUGACUAGUGGAAUAAAAUAGCGAGUUUUUUUUUUUUUUUUAAUUUUUAGUCGUUUCGAUUCCCAGGCGAGACAAGCAAUUUUUUUAUGCAGUUUUUAUUCCUUUUUAAAAAUAAGAGAAUGUUUCCCUUAAGUUUAAGUAAAAUGAGCUAAGUAACUUAAGGUUUUAAGGCACUUUCCCUCCGGGGCUCAUUCAUUUUUUGCACCCUGUAUACUAGAUACAUAUUUAUUUAGCGUUAUUAACCCCUCGGCCUACCGGUUCGAUACCGGAUCAGCAAAAAACCUCAAGAUUCUAUUCUAAAAUCAAAACUAUAUGGUCGUUUGUUGCCUGGCGAUAUCCAGCUCAUGGGAGUCAUAUGGAUAAAUGCAGCAUUUUACUGAACAUUGACAUAUGAUUUGAAAUUUAACAAACACUUGAUUAAAUAUGAUAGUCGCAAAAAUAACGUCUAUAUUUGGAACCAGCAUAUUUGUUUUAAAGUACUUACCUUAUUUGCACAGACAGUUAUGUUAAUUUAAAACAGUCAUAAAAUCAUAAUCUAGUGUCGUCUACAAUGUGACUCCGUUUGUCUGCUAGACCUAUAAAUGUGACACUUAUACCCAAAAAGAAAAACUAUGGCUGUCAAAUAACUUUAGAGGUAAAACUUUAAUAUGUCGAGAUACUUCAUACUGGAAUCAUAUGUGUCCAUGGCCGGCAAAACGUCCCCCGUUGUCGCUUGCCAUUAGGACGCUUUGACAAGUUAUUCGUAUAAAGGUACAAGCAAAUCUGCCCUUAUGGCAAGCGUAAAUACUCAAUUGUCGUAUAGAUAAUAAAUACCGAAAGUUUUCUCAUUAAUCAAUUACCAUAAUCGAAUAAGUAUCUUCAUUUUCCAAUAGCCGGAUUGUGAAAUCAAAAUACAUAUUGAACAAUAAAGUGUCCUCAAACUAUAUCAGAUAUAAUAAAAAAUAAUGAAAGAACUGUAGUAUAAAAGUGACUCAGUGCAUUGAUUGAAGACCAGCGUAACUCACAAAAUCCACUUACAAAUGGAGGUUGCGCAGACGCCACUGCAGCUGACUCAAGAGCACCAGGACAACAGGAUGACAGGCGACGAGAACCCGUCACCACUGCGCUGGUCGCCGCCGUCCUCCGCCGCAUUAGUUGCAGCUGCGCUAGCACCCCCAGCGCUUAGACCCUGGCUGCCUGACCCGCCCACAAAGAAGACUAACCACCUGGGUCUAGUGUGCGUGGUGUGCGGCGACACCAGCUCCGGGAAACAUUACGGCAUCCUGGCCUGCAACGGUUGCAGUGGGUUCUUCAAGCGCUCCGUCCGACGGAAACUCAUCUACAGGUGUCAGGCGGGCACUGGUCGCUGCGUUGUAGACAAGGCACAUCGGAACCAGUGCCAGGCCUGCCGACUCAAGAAAUGCCUCGCCAUGGGCAUGAACAAAGAUGCGGUACAGAAUGAGCGCCAACCUCGCAACACUGCCACGAUCCGACCAGAGACGCUGAGAGAUAUGGACCAAGAACGCGCUCUGAGAGAAGCUGCGGUGGCAGUAGGUGUUUUUGGACCUCCAGUAUCAUUAGCUAUGGCGCUGUCGCCGCAGCGGUACCCACUGCUGUCCCCGCACUACCCACCGCUACCACCACCCCAACCACAGCCGGACUCCUCGCGCGACCACGAGGAGAGGCACCACUCCGAUAGUGACGAUGACAGUAUCGAUGUUACCAACGAGGAAGAUUCAACGUCUUACUCGCCCCCCGCUGCUAACCUCGCUGCCUAUCCUCAGAACUGCGGGCCUUGCAGACCGCUGGGAGUGGAAAGCGCGGCAGAGACAGCAGCCCGGCUGCUGUUCAUGGCCGUCAAAUGGGCCAAAAACCUGCCCUCCUUCGCCAGCCUCGCCUUCAGAGAUCAGGUUAUACUGCUGGAGGAGGCAUGGUCGGAGUUAUUCCUGCUAAACGCAAUCCAGUGGUGCCUGCCGCUCGACGCGGCGUGUACGGCGCUCUUCGGCAGCGAUCAAACUGACCAGGAAUCUGGAGCGGGCUCAGGUGUUUUGCGGCGACUGCGUGAGGUGCUAGGCCGGUACCGCGCAGUGCUGGUCGACCCGGCUGAAUUCGCUUGCAUGAAGGCCAUCGUACUCUUUAAAUCUGAGACACGCGGCCUCAAGGAUCCCCUGCAGAUUGAGAACCUGCAAGACCAGGCGCAGGUGAUGCUGAUGACGCACGCCCGCGCGGCGCACGCGGCGGCGCCCGCGCGCUUCGGCCGCCUGCUGCUGCUGCUGCCGCUGCUCCGCCUCGUCUCCCCGCACCAGCUCGAGAGGGAGUUCUUCGCCAAAACCAUCGGACAAACGCCCAUGGAGAAGGUGCUAGCUGACAUGUAUAAAAAUUAGCUAUAGAUUGAUUGUUUUUUGCGAAGGAACUCGGAUUAGUGAUUUGGUUCGAUGUUUAGCGCGAGCGGUUGGGUUGUGACUUGUGAGAGUCCCGUUAGUUUCAUCGGGAGCGCUAGUGACGAGCUGCGGUUGUGGACGAAAUGCCAACCGCCGUCUUGAUAUGAUCUCUUAUAUAUGAGACAAUUCGAGAGUGUAAAUGACACCUUGAAAUAUGACCGUCUAAAAAUAUUCAACAAAGGUAAGAUGGUACUAAAAAAUCCAAAUUUCAAGCA